GACUUAAUGAACCUAAUAUUAUAGAAAUUUUACAAAAAGCGGUUCAUGAAGUUUUUUCCAAUUGUUUUUCCUAUCAAACUAAAAAAGAAAGAAUUUUAAUUAACAGUCUUAAAAGAAAAAGCGAAGAACUUGAAAAAAUUGAUAAUAAAAUGGGCUCUAUUAUUUGUGGAAUAAGAUUGGAGGAAUCAUUAUAUAAUGCUAAUUGUAAUGUUAAACAGUUAAAGACAAAAAUUACAAAACUUCAAGAGAGUGGAUCAAAUUUAUCUGGUGAAAUUAAUUUAAAACAAAAUUUUGAAGAAAUAAGAAUGUCAGAAUUAAUUUCAUAUAAAUGUAAAGCAAAGGAAAGAAUACGAACCAAUGCAUUCUAUCCUUCCUUUGCAAAAUUAAUUUCAGAUUUUGAUACAAUUAUUAAGUGUCAAGGUUGUUCCGCAUUUCGUAAGAAGACUGCGACUGGUUUUUGCUCUUUAUGCUUAUUUUACAUUUUAAUGGAUUGGGGAGAAUGCUUGUUAAAUAAAAGUUAUAUUGUUUCUAACAAACGGAAUUUUCUGGAUUUAAAAGGAAUAAUAUUAUUAGCAUCAAAACAAAUAUUUGGAUUUGAUCAACUACAAGAGGGACAACUUGAAACAGUAGAAACAUAUUUAAGUGGUAAAGAUACAUUAGUAUUAAUCAAAACAGGAGGAGGAAAAACAUUUUGUUAUAUAGUUUAUGCAUUACUUUUUGAAGGGAUAACAAUAGUUAUUAGCUCAUUAAAAGCUUUAAUGAAAGACCAAAAGUAA